AUGGAAUUUCUCCCCGGUGGGCUGAUGGGAUGGCCUCUCCUGGUGCUGGGGCUGGCCGCUUGGUGGCUCCGCAAGGUCUACCUCGACACACAGUUUCGCAAGUUCGCCCUCCGCAACCACUGCCUGCCCGAGCCCACGACGGUCAGCAAGUGGCCCAUGGGCCUCGACCGGAUGGUGCGCCUGUUCAAGGUCACGGCUGCAGAGGGCGACGUCCUGGAGGCGCUCAUCCACCCGACCUUCCUGAAGCUCGGCUGGACGUGGUCCUUCUCGGUGCCCCUGUCCUACAACACCAUCGCGACGGCCGACCCGGACAACAUCAAGGCCAUCCUCUCGACACAGUUCAAGGAGUUCCCGACGGGGUUCCGACGCGCGGGCGCCUUCGGCUACGUGGUGGGCAAGUGCCUCUUUACCGUCGACGGCGCCGAGUGGGAGCACGCGCGGGCGCUGUUCCGGCCCCACUUCGCCCGGGGCGAGGUCAACAACCUCGAGGCGACCGAGGAGGGCGUCAGGGACCUGCUGGCGGCGGUGACGGCGCGCGGCGUCGACGAAGGCCACCGCGCCGACGACCCGAGUGAGAAGGGCCGGUGGACGCCCGCGUUCGACUUCAUGGAGCUCAUCCACCGGUACACGCUCGACGUCGGCACCGAGACCUUCUUCGGCGCCAACGUCAAGUCCCAGCUCGCGGCCAUCCCGGGUGUCAAAAUCGACCAGGACCCGCAGCUGGCCGAGACGAGGCGCGUGGCGGCGGACCAGGCCGGCGCCAGCAUGAGCUUCGCCGAGGCGUACAAGCUCGCCGCGCUGGCCGUGGCGAAGCGGCUGCGGCUCCAGGCCUUCUACUGGCUCGUCAACCCCAGGGACUCGGCCCGCGCCGUCAAGUACCUGCGGGGCUUCGCCAGCCACCUGGCGGGCGUGCAGCUCAAGCAGCUGAGCCAGAAGGCCGCUAUCCGGGACGACGACGACAAGAAAGACACGUUCCUCAAGUCGCUGGCGCGCGACACGCAGGACCCCACCGAGCUGUGCAACCAGACGCUCUUCCUACUGACGGCGUCGCGCGACACGACGGCCUCGCUGCUGAGCUGGCUCUUCCUCAUGCUGGCCAAGCACCCGCGCGUGUUCGACAAGCUGCGGGCCGAGAUCGUGAAAGAGUUCGGCACCAGGGACGAGCCCAGGGGGCAGAUCACCUUCUACCGGCUCAAGAAGUGCCAGUACCUGCAGUGGACGCUCAACGAGACGCUGCGGCUGCAGCCGCCGGGCCCGCUCAACUCGCGGCAGGCGGCGGUGGACACGACGCUGCCGACGGGCGGCGGGCCGGACGGCAGGAGCCCCAUCGCCGUGCGCAAGGGGCAGCCGAUCAACCUCUGCAUCUACACGAUGCACCGGCGCCAGGACCUCUGGGGCGAGGACGCGCUCGAGUACCGGCCGGAGAGGUGGGAGAACAGGAAGAACGACUGGUCAUUCUUGCCUUUCUCUGGCGGACCCAAGAUUUGUCUCGGAAGUGAGUGCACCACAUAUUAUUCCCCCAAGCUUCGGUUCGAGCGAUCCGUUUUGAUUUCUGCCUUGCCGAGUGAGUUGCUGACCCGCGUUUGUGUAUUAUUAUCAGAGGAGUACGCGUUGGCCGAGGCCAGCUUCUUGACGGUGCGUAUGCUUCAGGAGUUUGACAAGAUUGAGCCCGUGGGCGACAUAGACCACAUCCGACAGAUUGUCCUCAUAUCGAUGGAGCCUACCGACGGUGUCAGGGUUCGUUUUCGAAGGGCUGCGUGA